AUGAAGGAGGAACAGAACUCCUGCCGUGCCUUCCUGGAUAUGUCUAUUGAUGACGUUCUCAGCGGACGACUGGUAUUUGAGCUCUUUGACGAUGUAGUGCCACAAACCGUAGAAAACUUCAGGGCAUUAAUCACUGGGUCAUGUGGGAUUGACACCAACACGGGUGUGAAAUUGGAUUACCUUGGCACACAAGUGCAUCAUGUGGAUCACAACAAUAAUAUCAUUGUGUUGGGUGAAUUGGAUUCCUUUAACCUCUCCUCCACUGGCACACCAAUAGCGGAUGAAGGAUACCGUCACCGACACACGGAACGUGGGCUCCUCACAAUGAUCUCUGAGGGUCCUCACACAAGUGGCUCCGUAUUUGGCAUUACACUUGGUCCUUCUCCAUCUCUUGAUUUCAAGCAAGUUGUGUUUGGACGUGCCAUUGAUGAUCUCUCACUGCUAGAGAAACUUGAGGCAGUUCCUCUUGAUGAUGUGGGCAGACCCGUUUUGCCAGUAACUGUAAGCUUCUGUGGUGCAUUGACUGGAGAGAAACCACCUGGAAGACAACAGUUACUUGCUGCAGCGGAUGACAGUGCGUCAAGUGAACAUGUGAGUUGUGCAGGAGAGGAAUAG